AUGUUCGAAGACGAUAUCAACAGCAACACAACAUCGCAUUUCUCUUUGCCUGGGGGUUCGGACAGCGACUACGUGCCUAGAGACCACCUUCAACAUCCACAAGCACGCAAAGCACCUGCUCAAGCAGCAAAAGAAGACUCUGUACUCGCCAGUCUCCCAGAGAAGCGCAUCCCUGUCAUAUUGAAAGGUGGUGAAGGACUCCGGGCUCACUUGUCAGAGCUCAAUGCGACCGCCAAGGCUGCCGCAUACACUAACCUCCAAAACCUCCACUUGGCAAUCGGCGCGCAGUAUAUGCGCUUCCUGCCCAGUUAUGAGGACAUCAAAUAUGAUGAGACGACUGAAGUUGGCGAAUACUUGCCUAUCGUGGUACGAGUUGGCACCUACAACGCGGUUGUGAAAGCAAAGAAGAACAACCUCAAGAUCGAUCGAAAGUUGGAGCUAUGGGCAUACCACACGAAUGCACAGGAGCCCAACACGGAAAACCCAGUACCGGUCUACCAUAUUGAACUCGUAGCCUACAACGACGACGAACAGCACGUACCGGAUCUACCUGGACUGGAAGUAGAAGAUACAUGGGCUGUGAAAAAACAAAACAUCGCCUUCCUCCCACCCUUCACCCACGUCCGCAAUGAAACAGAACUCAUCUGCUUAGUACGCUACUGCCUCCUUCUUGCCGCAGCCGAGAACCUCUACUACUUCGACGGUAUCGUCGUGCCUAGGGAACCAGGUUUCACAGGCGUACUUGUCGAACUUUGCAAGAGGAAAUGGGAAGACGAAAGAUUUGAGACUUUGGACAAGGUAGGUGUGUUGCCAAAUAAAAGCGAUGUGUGGAACGGAGUUGUUAAGUUGGACGUGCCGAGGGGAAGGCAUGUUGAGCAGUGUUCGACAUCGGAGAGUGAGGGCGAAGAUGAGAUUCCGGCGGUAAUGCCUGAGGAUGCGACGCAGCAUCUUAAAAGGAAAAUUCGGAGUAGAAGGCGAAGGGAUUCGUGA